AUGUAUGCGAGCUCACAAUUCAAUUUAUUUGAAAAUCGAAGCAUUCUUGAAGUUAAUGUAAAUCAAGGUUUUUUUAAAACUUGGGAAUUGUUUUUGCUGGAAACUUUCGGUAGAAUUUUCCAUCCAACUUAUAAUAAAAACAUAAAAUUCCAGCAUCAAAUUGUGACAGAAAUUUUUAUUAAUUUGAUAAUUGGCUUACAAAUGAUUUCUAUUACGUGAUAUAGCUCAAUGGAUAUAUCAGAGUGAGAUUAUUAUAUAAUUAGAUUAAUUAUUUUUUUUUAAUAUCUGUAAGAAUAAAAACUCUAAUGAUUGUUGAAGAAACCAUUAAUAAAUUUUAAUGAGAAGAGAUAUAGGGGUUUCCCUCGAUAGCCCUUACAGGGCCGUGGAUUUUGUCCGAAAUCAUUAGCCCUGCAAGAGCUAUCUAGGGAAACCCCUAUAAUUAAAAUUUCUUUGGAAUUGAUUAAUAGAUUCCAUAUUUUUCAAAAUUCCAGAUUAUUACUGUACAUUUUGAAAAGUUUUAGGAUAUAUAAAUUUUUGCAGUCUUUGUGAAGUGUUACAGAUUACUGAUAUUUGUUUAUACGGUAUGAUUUUGGGAAUAGGUUAUUGUAUUUUAUGUAUUUUACUUUUGUUUUUAUUAUGCUUUUUCAAAAAGAAAAUUCAUAUAAUAAUAUUGUUUGUCUUAAGCAGACUCUCAGAAUUUUUAUCUACUAUAUUUUAUAUUUAACUCCCCCUUAUAAGUUGGAACAAAACAUCGGUAAAAUUUACAAUUUUUGGUGCUUUAAAAUUGGAAUAAAUUGUUUUUAACUAGGAAAUAUUAAUGAUGAAAGAAUUAAUUUUUAUAAAACUAGUUUUGACCUAAUUUUAAUAGACAAAAUACAAGUAGAAUACAAUUUAAACAGUUUUUACACUGAAUCGAUUAAUUUUUUUAUUUUCAUUCUUCAUAAAAUCAAUUAAAUUUCAAGGUAUUGUGCAAAUUUAUAUUUUUUUAAAAAAAUUAAAAGAUGAAAAUACUAUUUUAUAAAAUUUAUCUUGACCUAAUUUUAUUGAUAAAGUGAGUAGAAUGCUAUUUAAACAUUGUUCAGGCUGAAUAGAUUAAUUAAUUCUCUUUAUGAUUUCUUCAUAAAACACUUGUGCUCAAUUUAGAUUUUUUUUUUAAAAAAAAUUUAACUCCACUUUAAAUUGGAACAGUUUCAACUUAAAAAGCGGAAGUAAGUACAUUAACAAAAAAACUCCUAAUUUUAGCUGUUUUCCUAUUUAAUACAUGAACAUAACAUAACGGCAACCAGUAGGAAUGCUUGUAUUUUCUAUAAGUAGGUAUACAUUCCCUGCACAUUAAUGCUAGGAUUACUAUUUAAAUAUUCAUUAUUAAGCUAUUCCACAGUUUCAGAGUUUUCAGGGAAAUAUGAUGCCUCUAAAAUAAACCUGGGUCCAGGAGGAGUAUAGCGCCUUUCUUAAGAUGGCGCGCAAUGUGCCAUCACUGGGCCAUGUCGGGAGAGGGUUCUCCACGAGGAAUGAUUCCACGUGUGGAACCCUCUUUUUUUCCACGAGCCAAAAAGAGGGUUCCACACGUGGAGCCAUUCCUCGUGGAGAACCCUCUCCCGACAUGGCCCGGUGAUGGCGCAUUGCGCGCCAUCUUAAGAAAGGCGCUAUAUUUUUAAGCAUUAUUCUUAUGUGUUUUUUAUUUUUAAUUGCUUGAACUUACAGCUUAUUUACAGCAGAUAUUCGACAUUUUUAUGUAAAUAAAAAUUUCCUAUCAAAAUCUAAUACUAUAUUUGGAUUGAAUUUUUCUAUUUUAUAAUAAGCAUGCGCUAUUUACUAGGUCCAUAAUAAAUUAUGGAAAAUAUAUUGAGUUAUCAGUUUUAUUUAUGAGAAUACCUCAUUUGAUUUGUAUUUUUUGAUAUUUAUUACAGUUGAAUGCUGACUUUUCGUAUUUUUUGGAAGUUAUAGUACUUUGUAUUACCAAUUUGCCUUAUUUUUCUUAUCACUUACUGUAUUUUUUUCAGUUUUUUAUUAUUUACCUUAUUAUAACCCUCUAGAAAACGGAAUCAAAGCAUUUCUUAUGCUGAGCUUAUCCACUGCUUCAGGAUCUUUUUUAUUUGGGAGGCUAAUUGACAAUUCAUUAAUAACGAUUCUUCUCAAUAUUUUUCUUCAGCCAUUGCUAUGCUAUUUAGUUAUCCGAAAAACCAAACUCAAUUAUUCAUUAUAGCCCAGGGCCUGCUUUGGAUCACCCUGGGCUGUGCGUUGCUGGAAUGGACAAGUGAAAAAUAUACUGGCACUUUUUAACCCACAGGUUGAGUCGGCAAUAUAUAGCCCAGGGCGAUUCAAAGUAGGCUGCGGGCAUACUGAAAUUCCAAUACAAAACUCCUGACAACCAAUUUGAAUUUGAAAGGCAAUUAAGGCACCUCCUCUGCGACCCAGAUUUGCCAGAUCCAUUUGAAAUUGUUAAUUCUUUUACGAAAAGCUAUUUCAAUUGCAAAUUCAGAAAAAAUAAACUAUUUGUGGCAUGGGAAGUAAAUUUUUGCCUUUAUAUAAUAAAAGAUGAAAGAUUAGCAAGAAUUAAGCUCACACAAAUUUUGGCCCAAACCGCAAGCUAUGAAGGGAAUAUACAAUCAUGAAGGACUAUGAAAUAUAUCGAUGAAAUGAGCUCUCAGAAUUUUAAUGAUAUUAUUUAUUUGGAAUAUUUAACUGAUUUGUACAGAGUCAGAAGACAGGAUGAAGAAUUAUGCUAUUUAUUAAUUGACUUAUGGGGAGAAUUAUCAAUUAAAACUCCGAGAUUUAAUAAACUUUAUAGUUUGGUGAUACAAAUUUCAGAUGAAAUUUCAGAAAUCCGUAAAGUUUAUGAUGUUCUGGUAACUAAGCACAAGCAUGUACAGAUUUUUGACCAGUAUAUAUCAUUUUUAGAAAACAUUUUAAGUGAGUCUGAAUAUGCAAAUACUAUAAAUACACGAAAAAUAGGCCUGCAGCAUGCUUUUGACUUAAAAAAAGGUGAUGAAAUUUUGCUGAACCCUUAUAGCGAGAAAAAUGGGAUUAUUUUAAUUUCUGCUAAUGACAGCUCGUUUGGAUUAAUAGCUUAUAUAAAUGAAAAAGCUGCUCAAUUUUUAAGGAUUUCUACAAGUGAGGCUAUUGGCAAUGGAUUUUCUCAGUUUAUCCCUUAUCCUUACUCAAUAGGCCAUGAUUGGUUUAUGAAAGAAUUUUUCUCAAAAUGCUCUAAGACUGAAAUUAUCAAAAGAAAUUGGCUUUUUAUGCAGAAUUUAUUGGGUUAUUUAUUUGAAUGCAAAUUCCUUAUAAGGCUAACAGCUUUAAAUCAUUGUGCUUAUAUUUUAGUCUCAAUGAGAUCUAGAGAAACCACAAGACAGCUUGCAGUAGUCACUGAUGCAGGCUAUAUCUAUAAUUAUAGUGUAUUAUUUCCUCAUUAUAUAGGUGCAGGCAACCAAAAUAUAAGGCAAAAAUACUUGACAGAUUUUAUCCCUAAUAUACAUAUAUCAGAAAUGGCUGUAUGCGAGCCUUAUGUUUACUAUGUAAAUGGUCAAGAGCUAGUAUUUGCUCAUAGGACGAUUCAGCUGAGAAUUGCAUUUAUUCAUGUUCUUGUAGUAAUAAGUGAUGAAAACGAAAUGCAAAUGUGAAAAGAAAGGAGAGACCCAGACCAAAUUGAGUAUUUUGGGACAAGUGAUGCAAUUAUUGAUAAUACUGUCAUCCAAAAAACUCCGAGUUUUUCUAUAAACUCCCCCCCCCCCCUCCGUGAGCGAACAAAAAAAAUUUGUGUUCACUCACGGAGGGGGGUUAAUUUUUUUUUUUUUAAAAAAAUUUAUAUAUAAAUUUUAUAAAAAAUAUUUUUUUUUCGAAAUUUAAAAAAAAUCCUAAUUUGCAAAAAUUGGGAAGCAAAUACUAAUUUAAUUUGCAAAAUUUAUGUUUUAAAACGCAAUUUGUUUAAAAUUAAACAGAAUUAGCUCUAGAUUUCAUUAUACUAAUUAUCACUUAUAUAGCAAAAUUUUUUUCUAUUAAAAUUUUUUUCUAUUAAAAAUAUUUUUGUUCACUCACGGAGGGUGGGUUUUUGGUCAAAAAAUGGCGAUUUUUCUAAUGGUUUGUUCGCUCACGGAGGGGGGGGGGGGGGAGUAAGUAAAAUCACUAAGCUUGGCAAGGUAAAAUUCCAAGACCUUCAAGAAAUUGACUCAGACUCAAAAAAUUCUGAUCUGCUUAACCAAGAAAAUGACUCUAAAAAGCACCUUUUAGAAGAUUCUUUAAAAUACCUGAACGAAACUGAUGUAUUGCUAGAAGAAGAGCGAGCUGAUUCGGUCUUACAAAAAGGGUCCCAAAAUUCUUCCUCAAGUCACUCUCAAAUAGCAAUUACUCAAAAACUCGUCAAUAGUACUACUAGGUAUAUAAAAAUUUUUGAACAAAUUUUAUUUAUUUCAAUUUUAACUACUAUAAGCAUGAAUAUUGGGAUUUUAAUUUACACAUAUCAAGACGCUAAUCAUGCAAGCGAAUUAUCUCUUUAUGCUCAUUUUGGAGAGCUUUGAUAUAUAGAUUUACUUCGGCCUAUUGAUAUCAAACAUUUUUUUUUUGCAUGCUAACUGAAUUAUCUUAAUUUUUUUCCCCCAAGUUUGUAAAUAUUUGAAUUUAUAAAAUUAUUUUUUUUGAUAAGCAAGUGGCCAAAAUUAACCUUUUUGCUGGAAAUCUCAUUAUUAUAAUUACAAAUCAUAUAUCAAAUAUUUUUUACAAAAUAAUUUUUUGUUUUAGGAUUCUUUUUUAUAAAGAGAGUUUUUCAAUGGCUUUUUAUUCUAACUGUAGGAUGAUUUAGCAGCAUGAGUGAUAAUGUAAGGACCUUAUGAUUAGAACAAAAUUAUGGGGUUUUUAAUAUUUCUAGAGACCUUGGCAUACUUAAUGAUACAAUUAAUAUGCUAAUUUACAUACAAGGGGAAUUAUUAAACGAUUUGCCUGAAUGAGAUUAUUGUGCAGCCUCAAAAAUAGUUUCUGAGUCUAAAAUAGGAGUUUGGAACUUACAAGGGUCGCCUCACUUGGAAUUUUUUAAUUUAUAUGAUACUGUCCAAUUGUUCAUUUCAGCUGUAAAAUAUACAUAGGGACAAGCAAUUAUCUCAAAAAUUAAUAAAAAGGAGCCAAUCAUAGGCGAAGCGAGAUUUAUUAUGAUUAACAGUUUAGGGUACUCUUACGCUGCAAUCGGUAACACCUUUAAUAGUCUAGUUACUUGUGAAGUUGACAGAGUAGACACAAUUGGGGUAAAAAUCUCCAUAUUUUCAUAUAUUGGAAUAGCCAUUGUAGGCCUAUUCAAUAUUGCUCUUAUAUAUUAUGUGCUUUUAAUCAACAAAACAUAUGAUAAUUUUUGGAAUUUUGUAAGAAAAUUAUCGUCUUUGUCAUAUGUUGAUUUAAGAGCUGCUUGUAUUGAUAGACUUUCGACCAUUCAUGGAAUAGACUAUGAUCUUCUAGACGACGCUAUUCAUUUUCGCUCCCUAGGCCAUGAAAAUAAAAUCCUUAAAUCAAAAAUUUACAAAAAAUAUCUGUAUAACUUAUUGAUUUUUUUUAUUAUUGGAUGCUGAUAUUUUUUAUUUACAAAAUAUUAUUUAUAUGAUAACUGUAGAAAAUCUAUGAUAAAUAGGCCUUAUUUAUUACAAAAUUUUGCAUAUAAAAGAGUAGCGCUAUCAAGGCUUUCGUUGUUUUCGAUAGAUACAUUCGUUAGACAAUAUGCAAAUUGGUUCCCGAUUUCAUAUGAUUUUGGGAAUUCUUGGUAUGAGAAUCAUGAAGCAUCUUUAGUUUUGGAUGAAGAAAAUAUUAAAUCAAGAAUAAGUAUAUUUAAAGAGCUCAUGUCAGAAGGCUUAAAAAAGAGAAUUUUCAAAGGAGUGGAUUCAGAUAAUCAAAUCCUAAGUUUUGGGACCUUAACAGCAUCUAAUGUAUACCUCAAGCCUAUGAUUUUAACUAUUAAAUAAUUAUAUAAAAUUUCCAAAUAUUAUAAAAAAUUCCUAUUUAAUAUGGUGAUGUGCUUUUAAUGGCAUAUUUUAUUUCGAUUCCGUUGACAUAGCAGCAGUGACAGGCCAAAAAAGCAUUGAGGAUGUUGAAGAAUUUAUUAGAGGCAUUUAUCAGCUUCAGACAGAAAUGGGGGUAAAUUUUGACAUGGCAAACCACGAUUCUAAAAAUUUAAUUGACUUGCAGCUUAGCUAUAUUGUAAACACAGCUAUUGGAUUUUCUAUUACUUUAUUGAUGCUCUUUUUUGCUUAUUAUUAUCCUUUAUUAAGGCACGAAAAAAUUGCUUUAGAAAAGCUGCAAGUGAUGACAGCUUUAAUACCUCGCUCAAAUAAUAAUUUAAAAGGUCUCACAAUAUAG